AUGUUUCUUGCCCAGGUGACGUACCGCGUGGUGCAGGUGUGCCCAGAUACCUGGGGGAGGUUUGGGGGCACCUGGGCACACCUGGGGGUGCUUGGGGACGCACCUGUGCCCACCUGUGCCCGCAGGAAGCUGGAGGGGCCGCGGGUGCCGCGGGACGAGCGACGGCGAGCGCAGCACAACGAGGUGGAGCGGCGGCGCCGGGACAAGAUCAACAACUGGAUCGUGCAGCUCUCCAAGAUCAUCCCCGACUGCGGCGCCGACGGCGGCAAAUCCGGCGCGAGCAAGGGCGGGAUCCUGUCCAAGGCCUGCGAUUACGUGCGGGAGCUGCGCCAGAGCAACCAGCGCCUGCAGGAAACCUUCAAAGAGGCCGAGCGCCUGCAGAUGGACAACGACCUAUUGCGACAGCAGGUGCGCGCGCCCUGUCGCGACACGCCCCGCCCCAAAAAAAACCCGAAAUCGCCCCAAAAAACCCCGAAAUCGCCCCAAAAAUCGCCGCGAAAAUCGGCCCGAAAUCGCGGCGGGAACGGGAGGAGCGGCAUGAAUGGGGAGGCCACGCCCACUUUAAUUUGGGGAGGGGUCUCGCAGAGCAAGGGCGGGAUCCUGUCCAAGGCCUGCGAUUACGUGCGGGAGCUGCGCCAGAGCAACCAGCGCCUGCAGGAAACCUUCAAAGAGGCCGAGCGCCUGCAGAUGGACAACGACCUAUUGCGACAGCAGGUGGAGGAGCUGAAGAGCGAGAACGCCGUGCUGCGGGCGCAGCUGCAGCAGCGCGGCCUGGACGGGACCCCCGAGGCCGCCCCGCCCUGACCCCUCCCUCCCCCCGCCCCCAAUUU